UAACGCCCAUCGUGAUAGAAAAUUAAACUAAGGCUGUCGUAACAAAUAUGGAGAAGAGUACAAUAUCGAACGUUGAUGCACGUAUCCGAUGAUUCUCAUGAGUUCUCGCAUAAUAUUAAAAUUAUAGAAAAUAUAUUGUGUAUGUAUGUAUAAUUCUUUAUUGUGAUUUAAAAAUUAAUUUUACAAAUACAGCAAAAUGUCUUAUAUGUUAUCACAUCUUCAUAAUGGGUGGCAAGUCGAUCAAGCCAUUUUGUCCGAAGAAGAUCGAGUUGUUGUUAUUAGAUUCGGUCAUGACUGGGAUCCAACAUGCAUGAAAAUGGAUGAAGUCCUUUACAACAUCGCAGAAAAGGUUAAAAAUUUUGCGGUAAUAUAUUUAGUUGACAUCACAGAAGUUCCUGAUUUCAACAAAAUGUACGAGUUAUAUGAUCCUUGCACAGUUAUGUUUUUCUUUAGAAAUAAACAUAUAAUGAUUGAUUUGGGUACAGGAAAUAAUAAUAAAAUUAAUUGGACCCUGGAAGAUAAGCAGGAAAUGAUUGACAUUAUUGAAACAGUUUAUAGAGGUGCAAGAAAAGGGCGAGGUUUGGUUGUUUCACCAAAAGAUUAUUCUACAAAAUAUCGAUAUUGAUUUAUCCAAUAAAGUUACUUCUUUAAAAUAUAAAAAAUAUUGUUUUAUAUUAAAACGUUGAAUUAAUUGAGUGUACUUCACAGUACAGUUUGUAUAUAAUCUGUAAAACAACAGAGUUGCAUAAAUGAUAAAAAGUUAGAGAAAUAUAUAUAUAUAUUUCUUGUAUUACAUUUUUAUAGUAUUUUUUUAAUAACAAUAAAAAUCUAUAAAUUAAUGCUU